CUACGUCACUUCCGGGACGCUUCCUUCGCGGAGCCUUGUGGGUAACCGGCCGGGGUCUCCUGGCGACGAUGGCGGGGAUCGUGGAUGGACGCAGCUGUACAGACUCGGAGCUGCUGCUGCACCCGGAGCUGCUUUCCCAGGAGUUUCUUCUUCUUACUCUAGAGCAGAAAAACAUAGCUGUUGAAAAUGAUGUAAGAAUAAACAAAGACAAUCUUACUGAUCUUUAUGUCCAGCACGCCAUACCAUUGCCUCAGAGAGAAUUGCCAAAGAAUAGAUGGGGGAAAAUGAUGGAAAAGAAAAGAGAACAACAGGAGAUAAAAAAUGAGCCUAAAAGGGGCGGCACUGUGGAUGGAUUAAGGAAAAGACCCCUCAUCGUAUUCGAUGGGUGCUCCACCAGUACAAGCAUCAAAGUGAAGAAGACGGAGAACGGAGACCAUGAUCGGCUCAGGCCGCCCCCUCGGGCAGGCAUUGCCAGUAACGUCUUUCGAAAAUCACCAAAUUCCCCAUCCCUAGGUUUGUCUUCCACUUUGCAUACUGAUGAUAAAACGGAACACAGUAACAGUGACACUAAACAGAACCAUGACAUGCGGCACAGGAAGAGUCCUCCGGGCACCAUGCGGUCACCACCCUUGUCCCCUGUUGGAACUACUCCUGUGAAGUUGAAGCGUGCUGCUCCCAAAGAGGACACGGAAGCUCUGAAUAACCUGAAGCCCCCAGAAACGAAGAGGAAGAUACAGCACGUUACGUGGCCCUGAAGGAAGCAUCCGAAAUGUAAAUACAGCUGCCCUGUAGGUUUCAGCUAAGUUUGCGUAUGCUGACAGCAUUUGUGGAUACUGAAUGUUGGUGGAUUUUCUUAAGAAGUUUAAAAUGGGUUAAGAACAGUGUCAUUCCUUCUUCCUUCCUUUUUAAAUUUCUUCCCUUGAUUUGGAAAGAGUUGGUUUUUAAAAUAAGGGUGCCGCGCACGUUUCUAGCAUCCCAGUCCAAACAUGAGCGGCCGCUCUGCUCAGAGCAUCUGAUGGCUCACAAAAUUUCCUCGGCCUUUUUCGGUCUUGGGGACAGUUAAGGUUUUCCUUUUUAACCUGCAGCACCUCCGGGUCACCGUUUUUGCUGAUUGCUUCUUUCACACAGAACCGCGCAGCGGCCCGUGUCGGGCCUUUAGUGCUUCUCCCACACUAGGAGAGAGUUGCUUGCCCUGCUGGGGCUCCGCAGUACCCGGAGGACAGCACUGCCCGUGCCUCCAGCUCUGCACGCCCCGUGGGGAGCAGAGGAGGCCCAAGAUGCUGCUGCUCCUUCCCUGACCCCUGUAGGAUGGGCCCUGGGUGCACUGGUCUCCAUGUCACCCCGCUCGCUCUCCAUCAGCAGUCUGGGCUAUGUUUAGUUUGGCCGUGACUCCCUGCUAGGAGCUUGAGCUUUAAAAACGAAGUUGUUGGAAAACGGUCAGGCUCCCACAGUCUCAGUUGAGAGGAAGGGAACGAGCAGGACCUGAGAAAGUAGGGGAGCCCGGGGGAUGGUGGCAAGGGGCGCUUGGUGGCACAGGUCACCCCCAGGACCGUCUGCAGAGGAUUUAGUUUUGUGUGAGUGGUGUUAUCACUCUCCAUCAUGGAAGUUGGUGACAAGGUGGUGUUUCCGUCAUGAUCCUGGGUCCUGGUGACUGCUUUCCUGCUGCAGAUUUCUAGCCAAGAACAGAGGGUACUUUAUAGCAGUGAGAACAGACAGCCCCCUGCCAAGCACAUGCCCCAGACUGGCCGCCACUGCUUUACACUUCUUUCCAUGUACAAGUGAUCUUGAGCUGGGGUUUGCCUUUUACAGUAUGUUAGAGGACUGUUACCCUCUUGAUUUGUUACAAUAACACUUUUGUUCAGCUGUUUAAUAGCCUUACAUAAAGUUACUCAGCCUUGCAGGAAGUACUCCACUAAGACUGACCAUAGUUUCCAUCAUUCUGCCUUUAUGUGUGCAGAAGGCAGAACUGACAGGACUAAGGAUCGUGUGCAUUUUGAUUUUAUGGUAAAUUUUGAACACAUGAUUCCCUGCAGGGCUGAUCCGUGUUUCGUUGUUGAUGGCAUUCUGACCUUAGGGUGUAUGUGACGGGAAACUUGGAAAGUCCAGAUUUUAGAGUACAAUGACAUGUUCUGUUUCCUGUUCAGUGGGCCCCUCUGCUCCCACCUGUAUUUCUCUCUUAGUUAAGAGAGAGUUAACCAUUUGACGAUUUUAAGUCAGUGGGAACUUAUCUUUAGUUACUCAAUGAAAUUAAUUUUUAAUUUGUAUAUUUAACUUACAGAGUAGGUUGGUAAUAACAGCUGAACUGUGUAACACUGUUGCUUCAAAUUGAAGUUUAUAUUACAAAUAGUGCUUGGAGCGCAGCAUCUUCCUGCAGUCUGGAGCUGGACAGGCAGAGCGCCAAGCUGCCACCAUGUGAGCUCCCAGACCUUGAGAUGCCCCUGUGGGGGACCUGGCAGGGAGCUUCUGGGUCCGAGAUGUGGGCAGGCAAAGCGCUGAGCUAUCACCACGCGAGCUCCCAGGCCUCGAGAUGCCCCUGUAGGGGACCUGGCAGGGGACUUCUGGGUCCAAGGUGUGGCAGUGCUGUUUGCUUUGCUUCGAACUGUAGGAGGAUGUGCCUGGAGCGACAGCUGAGGUGACUUUCUCCCUGCGGUGACUGCUGUCCCUCCGGACUGCCUCUCCUAGCUCUGCUCUACUCCCUGGGUCAGCAGGCGGCUGGCGUUUGGGUCCAGAGGUGGCCAUGAGGUGCAGUGAGCCUGCUUUCCCUUCUUCUGCCUUCCACUGUUCGAGCCCCCUACCUGUGAGCUUCCUGUUCCUUCUCCCCUCCUCCCUUGCAGAGUUCGAGCUGAGGCUGCGGUUUGCAAGGCAUAGGCCUGUGCAUUCGACAGGGGCUGAGCCGUGCUGGCCCAGGCCGUGUCCAUGGGCAUCCAGGGCUGUCACAACCCCCAGAUCUCGAGACCCUGCCUGUGGCUGUCGCAGCUGCAUGGUGUCCGGAAUGGACAGCCACCGGGCACUUGGGGAACUCGGCUCACUACAACUGUGAGGCUGUAGUACAUUUGCAAGUGUUAGAAAUCUUCAGAAUCGGAGUUUUCAUUUGAAAUUAUAUUUUGGUUGACUUGUUUCAAGAGAUGAUUCUAAAACUGAUCUAGAGACUCAUUCAAUAGCAAUGACUUUUAAAACUUACAUUAAGUAACUGCCAGUAGAUCAAGUCACAUACGUGCGGAUGAGCAUCCUUGCUUUACCACGGUGGGGCUUCAGUGCUUUCAGAGGCCACCAGAUGGUCCAAUGUUUCUAAGUGUGCUCUUUUAUUAAAUGCUUGUGCAAGUUUUGUAUUCAGUCCAGAAAAGCUUGACCUUGUACAUUUUUGUAUGUAAAAAGUCUUUUAAGUAGGUUCAUCCUUAUUUAAAUAAAGCUGAGUAAAAUGA